AGAAACCACGCCCCCGGAAUCGCCUGACGCCGUCUGAGCCCCACCCCUUUCUCACUUCAGCCCCAGCAGAUCUCCAUUUUCUUCUUUCCUGUCAAGGAUCAGAGUACCCCAAGAUUGUCAAAAUGAAUGACGAAUACGACGUUAUCGUCCUCGGCACGGGACUGACGGAAUGUAUCUUAUCUGGAAUCAUGUCGGUGAAGGGGAAGAAGGUUCUACACAUGGACCGCAACUCAUAUUACGGUGCAGAGAGUGCCUCCAUCACACCUUUGGAAGAUCUCUACAAACGCUUCAACCUUCCUGGCAAACCUCCCGAGUCAAUGGGAAAAGGCCGGGACUGGAACGUGGACCUCGUCCCCAAAUUCCUAAUGGCCUAUGGUCAACUGGUCCGCAUGCUGCUGAUCACCCAGGUGACCCGUUAUCUGGAUUUCAAAGUGAUUGAGGGCAGCUUUGUGUACAAGGGAGGCAAAAUCUAUAAAGUUCCCUCCACGGAGACUGAGGCUCUGGCGUCCAGUCUGAUGGGGCUGUUUGAGAAACGGCGCUUCAAAAAAUUCCUUGUCUUCAUUACCAACUUCGAUGAAAACGAUCCCAAGACUUUGGAGGGCAUCGACCCCAACAAGACUACCAUGAGGGCUAUUUUUGAAAAGUUUAGCUUGGGCAAGGAUGUCAUAGACUUCACUGGCCACUCCCUCGCUCUCUACCGCACAGAUGAUUACCUGGAUCAGCCCUGCAUUGACGCAGUACGGAGAAUAAAGCUUUACAGUGAGUCUCUUGCCAGAUAUGGCAAGAGCCCAUACCUCUACCCGCUGUAUGGCUUGGGAGAACUGCCACAAGGAUUUGCCAGGCUGAGUGCCAUCUACGGUGGGACAUACAUGUUAAACAAGCCUAUCGAGGAGAUAGUAAUGGAAAAUGGGAAGGUGGUGGGAGUCAAAUCUGAAGGGGAGAUCGCCAGGUGCAAGCAAUUGAUUUGUGACCCCAGCUACUUUAUGGAUCGUGCCACCAAAGUGGGACAGGUGAUCAGGGUCAUCUGCAUCUUGAGUCACCCCAUCUGCAACACCGGUGACGUCAACUCUUGCCAGAUCAUCAUCCCUCAGAAUCAGGUCAACAGGAAGCACGACAUCUAUGUGUGUAUGAUCUCCUUUGAUCACAACGUUGCAGCAAAGGGCAAAUACAUCGCCAUUGUCAGCACGACAGUGGAGACAAAAGACCCCGAGAAAGAGAUUAAGCCAGCCCUGGACCUACUGGAGCCCAUCGAGCAGAAGUUUGUCAGCAUCAGUGACCAGUUUGCCCCUACUGACAUGGGCAAUGAAAGCCAGGUCUUCAUCUCCCGUUCAUAUGACGCCACAACCCACUUUGAGACCACCUGCGACGACAUCAAGGAUAUCUACCGGAGGAUGACUGGCUCGGACUUUGACUUUGCUGAAAUGGAGCGUGGAAAGAAGGACAUCUACGGCGACGCAGCAGAGUAGAAAUUGAUGGUGCCACAAACACUCCCUAUUAUCAAAGACAAGCGCUGCAGACAACCGUAAUCUUUACGUUUAUAUAGAAAACCUUACUCAAAUGUACACCAUUGGGCCAGCCUUCCCAAGAAUACGUGGCUGCCCAGUGAGUAAGUUGAUAUAGAUUAUGAUAUAGUAUUUGCUGGAUGAAAGUACAGGGAGGGUCUUUUCUUUUUCUAAUCUCUGUCAGAUCGUUGAUGCACUCAACUUUGGUUACUAACAUUCAAUAAUAUCCUCUGGUUUUAUGUCAAAAUGAGGCCAAAGAUGCCAAAUCAAAUCAAUCAAUCGUGUGUAUAAAUUGUUUCAAAGAGCUAUGGUCUUCAGGAAUUUUGUCACUUCAGGGUGAUUUGGUUGCAUGUAUAAAGGAAAUGGUGCGUCUCGUAAUCGGACACACGUGACAACAUUGGCUUUAGGGCGUGUUGCUUAUCUUGUACAUUCUCAUCCCUUUUUGAUGUUCAGUUUUGCAGCCAGACACUACCAAGCAGACUGUAGUCCAGCAAAAACUACCUGAACCUGUUUGGGACAGCUUUGACCUAUAAGGUAUAUGAUUACUCCUGAACUGUAUAAAAUGAAGCCGACUGUGCACAUUCACAGCAGUGGUUGACUAUAAUUGCUUAAGAAGGACCAAAUGUGUACUGCAGCAGUAUUGAAUUGAUGGGAAGCCCUCUGUCUCUAUCUGUUAGCGAAUUGGGCUCCAACUAUUUCUGUAUUGCAAAGUAAAACAACUUUAUCAACAA